CGAAUAUGCUUUUCUAGUGCCUGGUUAGAAGUUAGAAACUCAGCUAAAACAAAAACAGUACUACAAACAUAUAAUAAUAAUAACUCAUUGCACCUAACAAUAGCGCACCAUUAAUUAAUAUAUCAUAAAGCUUUGAUGAACCAACCAACAUCACAUGUAUUCCCAUUACCAUACACACCCACUUGUGUUUUUUGAACCUGAGUUUGUCUUUGUCAUAUACCAUUGGCCAUCUUAUCUUAUAUUUAAAGAACAGCAAGUCAACCAGGGAAGGUAAGCCCAGGUCUGUGGGGCACACACAUACACCACUCAUAUCAAUAGGGUUGAAUCAAAAUAUAAAUUCAUGAUUGAAAGUGACUACUGAUUUUAUUACUAAAAUUAGAAAUUUCAUAUUUGGAGUAUGUUCUGAGAUUUAUGUGAAAGUGAAGCAUAGAUUGAACUUGUUUUGGCGCCAGCCAUGAAGACUGUUCUUUCCAUAGGUUUCUUGUUUUGUUGCUGUCUUAUGUUCCUGCUUUUGGACUCUUCAACUUCACUUCCUCUAUGUGUUGAUUCAAGGGCACCCUUUAGUCUCAAUUCCACACUCAAGUUUUGUCCUUACAAUGGAAGUACUUGUUGCAACUCCAUACAAGAUCAACAAAUACAGAAGCAAUUCAACCUCAUGAAUGUAUCUGAUACCGACUGUGCCUCACUUUUGAAAUCGAUACUUUGCGCGAAAUGUGACCCUUUUUCCGGGGAGCUGUUUACGGUUCAAUCCACGCAAAGAUCGGUUCCCGUGCUUUGCGAUUCUGCAGUUCCGGUAAAUUCUUCUAGUUCAAAGGCAUCACUGCGCGAUUUCUGCUCUGAAGUAUGGAAUACGUGUCAAACCGUGUCUAUAAUAAACUCGCCGUUUUCGCCUUCCUUGCAAGGUCAAGGAGGAGGAUUACCAGCUAAUACCAAUGCCACAAAACUGAAUGAACUUUGGCAGUCGAAAACUGAUUUUUGCAAUGCGUUUGGAGGAGCCUCUAAUAAUGAAUCAGUGUGCUUCGAGGGCGAACCUGUUGUAUUAAAUAAAACUGAUACCCCUAUUAGCCCUCCUCAUGGAUUGUGCCUUGAGAAAAUUGGGAAUGGUUCUUAUCUCAAUAUGGUUGCUCAUCCCGAUGGCACGAACCGCGCGUUUUUCUCGAGUCAAAUGGGUAAAGUUUGGUUGGCAACUAUUUCGGAAGAAGGAUCAGGAGGACAAUUGGAGCUUGAUGAGUCAAGUCCUUUUGUUGAUCUAACUGAUCAAGUUUAUUUUGAUACUCAAUUUGGAAUGAUGGGAAUGACAUUUCAUCCAAAUUUCGCAAACAACGGACGUUUCUUCGCUUCGUUUAAUUGCGAUAAAGAUAAAUGGUCUGGAUGCAAUGGAGUAUGUUCUUGUAACUCAAAUGUUAAUUGUGAUCCGUCAAAGCUAGGUACUAGUAAUGGCGCUCAGCCAUGUCAAUAUCAAACUGUUAUCGCAGAAUAUACUGCUAACGGAACCGCAUCUCAACCAUCCUCAGCUGAAAGUGCUAAACCAACCGAGGUGAGAAGGAUAUUUACCAUGGGCCUUCCAUUUACAUCUCAACAUGCUGGUCAGAUACUCUUUGGACCUGAUGAUGGGUAUUUAUACUUCAUGAUGGGAGAUGGAGGAGGAACAGGUGAUCCAUACAAUUUUUCGCAAAACAAGAAAUCGUUGCUCGGAAAGGUUAUGAGACUUGAUGUAGACAACAUUCCAAGUGCAUCGGAAGUUAGUAAACUUGGACUUUGGGGUAGCUAUUCCAUUCCUAAGGAUAAUCCAUUCCGUGAAGAUAAAGAUCUGCAGCCUGAAAUAUGGGCCUUAGGACUAAGAAAUCCUUGGCGAUGCAGUUUCGAUUCAGAAAAACCUUCCUACUUCUUUUGUGCAGAUGUUGGACAGGAUCUUUAUGAAGAGGUGGAUCUCAUCACAAAAGGUGGAAACUAUGGCUGGCGAGUUAACGAAGGACCCUAUCCAUUCGCUACUACAGAGUCACCUGGAGGCAAUACCUCCAUUAAAUCUAUAAAUGCAAUUGCCCCCAUAGCAGGAUACAACCAUUCUCAAAUAAACAAGAACGAAGGAUCCGCGUCGAUCACCGGGGGAUAUGUUUAUCGAUCCAUGACCGAUCCUUGCAUGUUUGGAAGGUACCUGUACGCUGAUCUUUACGCGGGUGCAGUAUGGGCCGCAACCGAAGACCCUGAAAAUAGUGGAAAUUUCACAACUAGCCGAAUCCCUUUCGGUUGUGCACACGAUUCACCUAUACCAUGUGACAUAGUACCUAGCAGCUCCCUUCCAGCUCUUGGAUACAUCUUUUCAUUUGGGCAAGACAACAAGAAAGAUGUUUACAUUCUUGCAAGUAGUGGCGUUUACCGAGUUGUUCCUCCGAGCCGCUGCAAUUACACUUGCUCACAGGAAAAGACAUCGACAACUACCACUCCUCCUUCUCCUUCUCCAUCUCAUGCAAGCCAUUGGAGUAACUCUUAUGGAUAUCUUUUUCUGCAGCUUUCGUCUUUGUUGUUGCUUUUGACGAGUUUUAUGUAAUAUAUGUAUAUGCUAAUUAUGAUAACUGUUAGUUACUGAUACAGAAGAGAAUAUUUUGUUCACAUGUUAUUUCUUGCUUUCUACU